AUGACGGAUUCUACAAAUCCUCCUUCUCAAGAAGAAGGAUCAUCAGUAAAUCUGAAUAAUACCAAAGAAAGGCAGCAAUGGGGAAACAGUUUAGAAUUUCUUAUGAGUUGCAUUGCUAUGUCCGUCGGACUUGGAAACAUUUGGAGGUUUCCAUUUACAGCCUACGAAAACGGAGGUGGAGCUUUUUUGAUACCUUACAUAAUAACGUUGGUUAUCGUGGGAAGGCCUUUGUAUUAUAUGGAAAUGGUUAUGGGACAAUUCACGAGUAAAGGUUGCGUUAAAAUAUGGGAGUGCGUACCCAUUUUAAAAGGUGUAGGAUAUGGACAAAUAAUAGGUAACGUAGCUACCUUAACUUACUAUUGUGCAAUUAUGGCGAUAACGCUUUUUUAUUUAAUCGCUUCCUUCUCGUCGGAAUUGCCAUGGACAAGAUGUAAUCCGGAAUGGGAAGAUUGUUUCGAUUCGGUAGGAAAAUCUAAUGACACGACAAGAAAUCUUACCGGACUUCGAAGUUCUUCGGAAUUAUAUUUUUUAAAAGAAGUCCUUCACGAAAAGGAUCAUAUCGAUGAUGGUAUCGGUUUACCAGAUUGGAAAUUAACUCUUUGUUUGGCAUUGACUUGGUUUCUCAUCAUGUUAGUAGUUAUAAGAGGAGUUAAAAGUAGCGGAAAAGUUGCUUAUUUUCUCGCAUUGUUUCCCUACGUCGUACUUAUAUCACUUUUGAUACGUGGAUGCACACUACCCGGAGCUUUGGAUGGAAUUAUAUUUUUUAUAACGCCUCAAUGGUCGGAACUAUUAAAUCCAAAAGUUUGGUAUGCAGCAGUGACACAGGCUUUUUUUUCAUUGACUGUUUGUUUUGGAGCAUUAAUUACGUAUUCAUCGUAUAAUGAUUUUCGCCACAAUAUUUAUCGGGAUGCCAUGAUCGUGACGUCAUUAGAUACGGCAACAAGUCUUAUGGCUGGUGUUACGAUAUUUGGAAUAUUAGGAAAUUUGGCUUACGAAUCAGGUACAAACGAUAUUGCGAGCGUUACUAAAGGAGGAUCUGGUUUAGCUUUUAUAUCAUAUCCCGAUGCUAUUGCAAAAUUUGAAGUUGUUCCUCAGUUUUUUUCGGUCAUGUUCUUUUUUAUGUUGUUUGUACUCGGAGUAGGAUCGUCCGUGUCUGUUUACGGAGCCAUUAUAACAAUAUUCACAGAUCAAUUUCCAGGUUUAAAAUAUUGGAAGGCGGCUGUGGUAACAACGGUUGUUGGAUUUCUAUUGGGUUUAUUAUAUGUAACACCGGGUGGCCAAUACAUGCUCAAUUUGGUAGAUUAUUUUGCCGUAUCAUUUAAUAUAUUUAUUCUCGCAUCGUUUGAAAUUAUCGGAAUAAGUUGGAUUUACGGUUUGGAAAAUUUAUGUAACGACGUUGAAUUUAUGUUAAAUAUAAAAGUUGGAAUGUAUUGGAGGUGGUGUUGGGGAAUAUUCACCCCUAUAACAAUGGUUGUUAUUUUAAUUUAUUCACUAGCAAUUGCUUCUCCAUUAACUUACGGAGAUUACGUGUAUCCGGAUGCUGCCUACGGGUGCGGAUGGGUUUUAUUAACCGUCGGUAUCAUACAGUUACCCUUUUGGGCAAUAUAUAACAUGUAUAAAAGACCACAAUCGACAAUUUGGGAAACAAUAAAACAUUCUUUGCAUCCGAGUGACGAAUGGGGUCCAAGUGAUCCGAGCGUUAAAAAAGAAUGGGAACAUUUUAGACGGGAAAAAAGUGAAGAAGUUAAAAGUUUAGGUUAUACACGUUUUAAACGAAUACUUCGUACUUUCGUACCGAGUAAAUAA